AUGUCGUCCGCGUGUAUCAUCUGUCACAAGCGAAAGGUGCGCUGUGACCUGGCGAUCCACGACCCCUGCACCAACUGCACCAAGUCCAAUGUCGACUGCCAGCCAUACACAAGAAAGCGCAAGAGGUUUACCAACAGUCUCUCGCCGGGUCGCCAUGCGGCACGCGCCCCCUUGAGCCAGACUCCUCAACCGAGUGUGUCUGCCGAACCUUCGAGUGAGGGCCGAAUAGCACCGCAACGUUUUUCGGCAGGUUCUCAUAGAGACAAUCCACCUCUUAGCGAGUCUAUCUCAGUCCCUGAUGAUGAGGGUGAGUCGGCGAUCAAAGAAGAGAGUUACCGCGGUCGCAGCGAAUAUCUGGGCGGGAGCGUCCCCUUUGAUGAGAACAUGGUGAAACCUGGUCGCGAGACCACCUAUACCAGCCCCAAAACAUCUCAGGCAGAUUUGCAGAUGCUGCGAGAGCAAGGUGCAUUUGAGGUGCCACCAAUCGCAGUACAGAGAGCAUUGAUGGACAGCUUUACAAAGCACUGUGCUCCGUGGACACCUGUUGUUGACCCGAAAUGGCUGCAUGAAAGCGCGCCAUCUAUGCUGUUACUACAAGCAAUCUUCCUCGCCGGAAGUCGAGUUUCCAAAUCGCAUUUGGAUUACGGAUCCAGUGAGGUGUUUUAUCGACGAGCAAAGCUUUUGUUCUUCUUCGGUGGGGGCAACAACUCGCUCAUUUCCAUUGUGGCCGCCUGCCUCCUGCACUGGUACAAUCCCGUUGGGCCCGAGGAUGUUUCUACCGACACCAGUGGAUUUUGGAUCCGCACUGCCGGAGCCAUGGCUUUUCAGAUUGGGCUGCACAAGGAACCGCCACCCAACUCUCGAGACCGAGGCCUUCGUCGGCGGCUAUGGUGGUCACUGGUGAUCCGGGAUAAUAUCAUCUCAGUUGGGGUAGGGCGACCUCGAACCAUUAAUCUCCGAGAUAGCGACGUGCUCCCGCCAUCACUGGACGAUUUUCCAGUCAAGGAUUUCAAAGCCCAGUUGUUCUUGGCAUACUGUACAAUAUCUCGUCUCUUGGGCGACACGGUCGAGUGCCAUUUACGCAGAGAGAUAUCUCUGCAGCGUCGAGUCAAUCUUGAAAAUGCUGUCUACCGAUGGACCAAACAGGUGGUUCCAAAACUACAAUCGUCUGCCACGAUCCAGGAAGACGCCGUGACUUGCCACUUCGAAGUUCAACAAUUGCUAGUCAUGUACUUUGUGGUCAUCACCAUUAUACACCGUUCUCCCACGCCAAACAGUGUCCCUCCGGCGUCAUCAUUGGUGGCAUCCUCGUUCAUGGCCGGAAUCUACGAAGAAUUCCUUCUCCGUGACGAACUCCGGUACCUUGGGCCGGUCUUUGCAUUCUACCCUCUGUGUGCCGGGUUAUCAUUACUUUCUAGUUGGCGCUAUAGACAUCUACAGAGUACUGCAGAGCACGAGCUGACGGUCAUGAAGCUCUCCCUCCAGAAGUUGUCCGAGAGAUGGCUUUCGGCAGUGGGGCCCCUGCGGGCUUUAAACAAAUUGACCGAGGAGGUCCGACAACAAGGCCCUUUUGAGGGCCCUUCCCCGACACUAGACUAUGACGCUGCCUCCUUCUUUGAGGGCUUUGAUACAAAAUUGUGCAAGCAAUGGCGAUUGGUUGGACAGUCGGAGCGUGGGAAUGACUCCACGGGGAUCAAUCCUACUUCCACGUUGCCUGACAUCCAAGAUCCUAAUAAUGGGAUUCGACCCUUGGAAGCCCGACUUGGUGAUGCACUGGACAGCUACGAUUACACGGCUCUUGAUGCCGACAUAUACCCGUUCAGUAACGACUGGGAGGGGGCCGGUUUUGACUGGAGCGGUUCCUGGCUCCUCAACUUGUAA